UCUACUCAUUUCCUUGCCGCUCCUUUUUUUUCUCUGUUCUCUGCGAUUCAUGAAUAUAAUCUCUCGUCUCUGAUAUAUGAACAUCGUUAAAGAUGGCUACUACGUUGUUUGGAACAAUUCAUCCGAACCAGUUCUCAGUUUUGGGGACUUUGUUGUUCAGACGGAGGAACAAUGGAGUUUUGAACUUCUCCGUUAGGUGUUGUCGGACUCAGACGGCGACCCAGGAGAAGAAACAGCCGCCGAAAACUGGGGUUUCACAGAGAAACCAGAAAAGCGACAAGCUUGAUCAGAUUCUGAGAGAUUACGAGGCCGUAAUUGGUAUAGAGACUCAUGUUCAGCUCUCUACGCUCACCAAGGCGUUUUGCGGUUGUCCUUACAGUUAUGGGUCACGACCGAACUCCGGCGUUUGCCCCGUUUGCAUGGGUUUGCCUGGUGCUUUGCCAGUUUUGAACUCCAAAGUUGUCGAAUUUGCUGUUAAAUUGGGUCUUGCAUUGAAUUGCAAGCUGUCUUUGAAGUCAAAAUUCGACAGGAAGCAGUACUUUUAUCCUGAUCUUCCCAAGGGAUACCAAAUUUCUCAGUUCGAUAUCCCUAUUGCAUCCGGUGGAUAUGUUGAUUUGGAUCUUCCUGUAGAAUUCGGUGGUGGGCAUAGGAGAUUUGGCAUCACCAGGGUUCAUAUGGAGGAGGAUGCUGGCAAGCUACUUCAUUCAGACAAUGAAGAUUACUCUCAGGUGGAUUUGAAUAGAGCCGGAGUUCCAUUGCUUGAAAUUGUUUCUGAGCCUGAUAUGAGAAAUGGGAUCGAAGCCGCAGAGUAUGCUUGUGAACUUCAACGGAUUGUUCGGUACUUGGGAAUUAGCAAUGGGAAUAUGCAAGAAGGUUCUCUUCGCUGUGAUGUAAAUGUAUCCAUCCGUCCAGUCGGGCAACCUGAGUUUGGCACCAAGGUGGAAAUAAAGAAUUUGAAUUCAUUUUCAUCAAUUAACAGAGCAAUUGACUUUGAGAUAGCUAGACAGGCACUUCUGUAUAGCCAGGGCCAAAGUGACCAGAUCGUAUCCGAAACCCGACUCUGGGAAGAAGGCGCUCAGAAAACAGUUACGAUGAGGAAAAAAGAAGGUCUUGCUGAUUACCGAUAUUUCCCGGAACCAGAUCUCCCGGAAGUGAUUCUCACCCAAGAAUAUGUUGAUGGCAUCCGUAAUUCCUUACCCGAACUUCCCGAGGCAAUACGCAGGCGGUAUGAGAGAAUGGGCCUAAGCAUGCAGGACGUGCUUUUCCUUGCAAAUGACACAAGUGUUGCAGAGUAUUUUGAUGCGGUCAUUGCCAAAGGCGCUGAAGUGAAGCUGGCGGCAAACUGGAUUAUGGGAGAUAUUGCUGCCUACUUGAAAAAUGAAAAGCUUUCCAUGAAUGAUAUUAAGCUUACUCCUCAAGAGUUAUCCGAACUCAUAGCCGCAAUAAAAGAUGGAACCAUUAGUGGAAAGAUCGGGAAGGAGAUACUGUUUGAGCUGUUGGCCAAAGGUGGGACUGUCAAAGGAAUAAUAAAGGACAAAGACUUAGUUCAGAUAACCGAUCCUUUGGAAAUCGAGAAAAUGAUUGACGAGGUGAUCUCUGAGAGUCCAAAGCAGCUCGAGCAGUAUCGUGCCGGGAAAACCAAGCUGCAAGGCUACUUCGCUGGCCAGGUGAUGAAGAUGUCGAAAGGCAAGGCCAAUCCCGGGUUGCUGAACAAAAUCCUCCUGGAAAAGCUCAACACCAACUGAACACUUCAACUUGUUACUCACUUUGAUGCUUUCAGCAUUAGAGUGGAUCAUAUGAUCAAAACCCGGAUGGGGAUAUACUCAAAAAUCCCGUAAAGGCACUGCCUUUCGAUCGAUGAUUGAGCGUUUUUUUCCACGAGUUUUCGGAUCAUCUUCAAGUUCUGAGUCAGAUGUUGUUGUGGCCAUUGUUGUUGUUCGGAGCUAUGAUUUUCUCGGCUUUGUGGUUGGGGAUGUAAUGUUCUUGAAGUAGUAUGUUCCUGUAUUAUCCCAUUCUUUUUUUAAAAUAUUUUAUAAAAAAA